AUGACGUCCUAUAUAUAUCUUCUUGCAUGCAUUUUUGCAUCUUUUUCUCUUUAUUUUCUUCCUUUUGCUUCUUGUGAUUUCCUCUCCUUACCCGAAGAACCUGCUGUUACCCCCACCCUACAAAUUGGGGAAACAGUCACUGUUGGCGAGGAGCUAGCGGCAGACCAGCAGCAGCAGCAGCAGCAGGAACAGCAGGAGCAGCAGGAGGUACAGAAGGAGGAACAACAGAAGACAGAGGAGAAGGAAGAGGAGGAACAAGUGCAGGAGCAGGGAGAGGAACAGAAGGACGAGCAGCAGCUGCAGAACGAGCAACAGCAAGAGGCUCAGCCCGAGGAGCAACAGCAGCAAGAGGUGCAACAAGAUGAGCACCAACAGCAGCAAGAGCAAGUAGAAGAGCAACAGCCGCAAGAGCAACAAGAGGAGCAGCAGAACCAGGAGGAGCAACAGGCUGAGCAGCAGCAGCAGGCUGAGGAGCAGCAGGUUGAGGAACAGCAGGCUGAGGAACAGCAGGCUGAGGAACAGCAGGCUGAGGAGCAGCAGGCAGAGGAGCAGCAAGCUGAGCAGCAAACUGAGCAGCAGGCUGAGGAGCAGCAGCCUGAGGAGAAGAGCCAGGAGGAGCAGCAGGCCGAGCAGCAACAGGAGGAGCAGCAGGCUGAGCAGCAACAGGAGGAGGAGCAGCAGCAGCUAGAUGAGAAUCAUGAGACGUACGUACACCGGGAGGCAGAAGUAAAGGAAGAGGAAUCUUAA